AUGUCAUCCCGCAACACCAUUCCAGACCCAGGCCCAGGCCUAGGCCCAAAACCCCCCUCAUUCGCCCUCCGCUACCAUGACUUCGCAGACGGCCACAGCGAUCUCACUCCCUGCCCUAGCACUUUUCCCUCUUUCCCUCUCUCCCAAUCCUCGUCCCGAGACUGGGAUACCAUAGAAGUGCACCAAAAAAAUCGUCUCCACUCCUUCACCACCCGCGAAUUAUUAAAUCUUGAUGCUAUUAGCGAACGACCUAUGGCUGCAUCUACACUAUCUAAUUUACCAAUAUUACCAUUAUUGAGAAGGAAUCAAUGGGAUAGUACGGGGAAGAUGUUUGGGAGGAAAGAGGCGAUUGGUAUUGAUGACUGGGGUCAAAGUGGGGAUGGAGAAGACGGGAAGUAUGGGGAGUGGGUUUCUGGGAAUGAACAUGUGUGGGAUGCAUUGCGGCCGAGUUUGGCAAUUGCCAUCCACGAAUUAAUCUAUGCCAUGGAAUUGAGUAGAAAUUAUCCUAAUCGCAACAUCAAGAUGAAAGCUUCACGCUUAUCCAAUGAACCAUAUUUUGAAGAUGAAGCUUUGGCCGAGUUGGGAUAUUCGUACGAAAAUGCCGUGGAUCAAUGGAGGAUACAUAGAAGCAAUACUCAAUGGAACAAUAUGGAGAAAUCGCCCCUUGGGCUACUGGCCAGUGACGCCUUGGCCAACAAUGGAAAUGAUUUAACUUAUACAACUUCCAUUGAAAAUCCCCAAAUUGACGGAGAGCCGCAACCUCCAGAUUAUAAAUACUUGCAUCCCAUUCCAGUUACAGUCUACGAAGAUGUACAAUCUGCCUCGUUUUGGGAGCACGCCGUGCGACCAUAUGGCCACAAGAUUUUGUACUACCGGACAAUGAAAGCUAGUGUUGGUAUAAAAGUCCAAGAUGAAUAUUUUUGGGGUAGAGAUGAUAUUACAGGACGAGUAAAUGUCUCUCCACUGAGAAAUGAACCAAAAUCUCUCGUAGAUGACAUGGAGCGACUCAAAAAUGUUACCAACUGGACACCAAACGAGAAUAGAGGAAUGAGAGCACUUGUUCAAAAACUCAAAUUAGAAUGGAGAACAGAACUUCCGCAUCCAGCCAUUCAUUUCAGCACUAUACUAAAUCAUUUGGAACUGGCGACGAUGUAUCUCUUUGUCCCGGAUGAAACGACUGGACUGUUUGAUACGGAGGAUCAAAAAGAAAUCAAUUUGAUAUCACAGGCUCGCAUCGAAUACACCUCAGGACAUAUUGAUAACUGUCAAGAAGUUAUUGCAUCGAUCAGUAAAAACGAAGACCAAUCCUCUUAUGCACUUACCUGCGCAGGCCUCUUGAAACUAGCUUGUGAUGUUAGAAGUCGUGAGAGAGUAUGGAAUAGUGUAGAUUAUGGGAUCACUACACAAUUUUCGGCGAGAAUUAGGUAUUUAACAAGGCUUUGUGAUGGAGGGAAAAGAGUAUGGAUAGAGCUACUAGGAAACUGGAUAAUAUUUGCGAGGGAUCUCAUGGAUAAUUCAGAUCCUGGAGAAGGGUAUGGUAUUUGGAAGCUUAGAAUGAAAGUCAUAGAGGGGAAAAGAAAGCUUGAGAGAGAUAUUGGUGAAGAGGCGCCACCUUAUCCAGGGCAGGAUAUUUAG